UCCUGGGCCCUGAGCUGAGUUCCCUCUUCACUAUUGCAUCUUUUGGCCUUAGGUGUCUCAGCUGCAGCCUCUGCCCUCCUGUGACUUGCACGUACUGGGACAUUUGUAGAGAGGACACCGGGACACCCCGGAAGCUGGGAAAUGGAACUGUUAACAUUCAGAGAUGUGUCUAUAGAAUUCUCUAUGGAUGAAUGGGCCUGCCUGGACCCUGCUCAGCAGAAUUUGUAUCGGGAUGUCAUGUUAGAGACCUACAGACACCUGCUCUUCCUUGGGCUUGCUGUCUCUAAGCCAGACCUCAUCACCUGUCUGGAGCAAAGCAAAGAACCCUGGAAGAUGAAGACACACCAGACAGUAGUCAAGCACCCAGUUACAUCUAAUCAUUCUACCCAGGAUAAUUCACAAGUGCUGGGCACAAACAUUUUAUUACCAAGGAUGAUCCUGAGAAGAUAUCAAAACGAUGGCCCUGAGAGUUUAAACUCAAUAAAAUACUGGGAUCGGGUGUAUGAGUGUAAGCAGCAGAAAGUAUGUUACGAUGGUCUGGAUGAAUAUUUAACAACUAUGCAUGGUGAAAUCUACCAAUGCAGUAAAGGUCUCAAGGUUUUGAGAAAAUUAUCAAGUAUAAAUAAACAUAAGAUGAUAUAUACUGAGGAGAAAACUUUUGACUGUAAAAACCAUGGGAAAGCCUUAAACCUAUGCUCCAACUUUGGUAAACAUAAGAUAAGUCAUUUUGUGGAAAAGCAGUACAAAUAUAAAGAAUGUUGCAAAGUCUUGAAAUCUUGCUCAAGCUUAUCUAAGCACAGGGGACUUCAUACUGGAGAGAAAAUCUACCAUUGUGAAAAUGAUGACAAAUGUCUUAGCCAGAGCUCAAAAUAUUCUAACCAUGAGACAAUUUAUAAUGGAGAGAAACCCUACAAAUGUGAAGAAUGUGGAAAAGUCUUUAAUGAUUCCUCAACACUUUCUGUACAUAAAAGAAUUCAUUCUGGAGAGAAACCCUACAAAUGUGAAGAAUGUGGCAAAGCCUUUAACCGGUCCUCAACCCUUUCUAUACAUAAAAGAAUUCAUUCUGGAGAGAAACCCUACAAAUGUGAAGAAUGUGGAAAAGCCUUUAACUGCUACUCACACCUUUCUGUACAUAAAAGAAUUCAUUCUGGAGAGAAACCCUACAAAUGUGAAGAAUGUGGCAAAGCCUUUAACCGGUACUCAACCCUUUCUGUACAUAAAAGAAUUCAUUCUGGAGAGAAACCCUACAAAUGUGAAGAAUGUGGAAAAGCCUUUAACUAUUCCUCAACCCUUUCUGUACAUAAAAGAAUUCAUUCUGGAGAGAAACCCUACAAAUGUGAAGAAUGUGGCAAAGCCUUUAACCGAUCCUCAACCCUUUCUGUACAUAAAAGAAUUCAUUCUGGAGAGAAACCCUACAAAUGUGAAGAAUGUGGAAAAGCCUUUAACUAUUCCUCAACCCUUUCUGUACAUAAAAGAAUUCAUUCUGGGGAGAAACCCUACAAAUGUGAAGAAUGUGGCAAAGCUUUUAACUGCUACUCACACCUUUCUGUACAUAAAAGAAUUCAUUCUGGGGAGAAACCCUACAAAUGUGAAGUAUGCAGCAAAGCCUUUAACCAUUACUCACACUUUUCUGUACAUAAAAGAAUUCAUUUUGGAGAGAAAUCCUACAAAUGGGAAGAAUGUGGAAAAGUCUUUAACGAUUCCUCAACCCUUUCUGUACAUACAAGAGUUCAUCCUGGAGAGAAACCCUACAAAUGUGAAGUAUGUGGCAAAGCCUUUAACCAUUACUCACAGCUUUCUGUACAUAAAAGAAUUCAUUCUGGAGAGAAACCCUACAAAUGUGAAGAAUGUGGAAAAGCCUUUAAGCAUUACUCAACCCUUUCUGUACAUAAAAGAAUUCAUUCUGGAGAGAAACCCUACAAAUGUGAAGAAUGUGGCAAAGCCUUUAAGCAGUACUCACACCUUUCUGUACAUAAAAGAAUUCAUUCGGGAGAGAAACCCUACAAAUGUGAAGAAUGUGGAAAAGCCUUUAACGAUUCCUCAACCUUUUCUGUACAUAAAAGAAUUCAUUCUGGGGAGAAACCCUACAAAUGUGAGGAAUGUGGCAAAGCCUUUAACUGCUACUCACACCUUUCUGUACAUAAAAGAAUUCAUUCUGGGGAGAAACCCUACAAAUGUGAACAAUGUGGCAAAGCCUUUAACGAUUCUUCAACCUUCUCUGUACAUAAAAGAAUUCAUUCUGGAGAGAAACCCUACAAAUGUGAAGAAUGUGGCAAAGCCUUUAAGCAGUACUCACACCUUUCUGUACAUAAAAGAAUUCAUUCUGGGGAGAAACCCUACAAUGUGAAGAAUGUGGAAAAGCGUUUAGGCAUUACUCAACCCUCUCUGCACACUUUAGUAAAAAUAAGAUAAGUCAUUUUGUGCCUUUAAUCAGUAGUCUACCCUUUUUGUACAUAAAGGAAUUCAUUCUGGGGAAAAACCCUGUAAAUUUAGAAUGUGGAAAAGCCUUUUAUUGUUACUCAGUCUUUCUACACAUAAAAGAAUUCAUUCUGGGGAGAAACAGUAUGAAUGGCAACAAUGUGGCAAAUUCUUUAACCAGUACUCACACUUUUCUGUACAUAAAAAAAUUCAUUCUGGAGGGAAACGUUACAAAUAUGAAUAGUGUGGCAAGCCCUUUAACUCAGAGUCAAACCAGCCUGUACAUUAAAAAAGAGAGAGAUAACAUUGAAACCCUAGAAAUAUGAAGAAUGUGGCAGUACCAUACUUGGUGUUCAUAACUUAUGAAGCUUAUAGGAAUUUACACUGGAGAGAAAUCCUACAACUGUGAACGGUGUGGUGAUGCACUUAACCAGAGCUCAAACCUUACUACACGUAAGAAAAUGCAUAUUGGAGAGAAAUCUUACAAAUGAGAAUAGUAUGGCAAACCUUUUAAGUGAUUCUUGGUCCUUACAUAAGAGAAAUCAUGUCAGAGAAAAAUCACAAUAUGAUGGUGUGUGAAAGCUUUAUGCCAGUAAUCAUGGUUUUCUGUACACAGUAGAAUUCAUUUUGAACAGAAGGCUAUAUAUGUGAAGAAGGUGAUAAGUGUUUAUCUUCUGCUCAAAUCAUUCUUCAUAUGAAAUUUAUGACAGAGAAAACCCCUACAAGUAAAGAGUGUUGAAUCCUAUAACCAGGAUUCACACAUUUCAGUACAGAACAGAAUUCAUAGAGAUACUCUAUAUGCAUGAAGAAUAUGACAGUGUCUUUAAAUAUUUCUCCUACUUUUCUAAUCAUUCAUAUGGAAGAAAUUCUCUACAAGUGUCAAUGAUGUCUUAAAGUUGUGUUUCUCCUGUUUAUUAGGGCUAGGGACAGACAGGGGCAGAUGAUUCUAGGGCAUCCCUUGUCCAUAAUAAGAAGGAACAAAAUUACCACAGUGGGCUGCCAAGAAAGAAAAGCAUUUCAGGAAGGCUUUCAAAAACUGAUGUUUGCUGUACAAAAAUGACUCUCAGAGGUAGAGAGGCCCCCAUUGUGGAGAUAUGGCCAAGGCCACAAAAACUUACCCUUGUAGCAUGUGUACAAGUAAGGUGACAAUAGCCUCAAGGACAUUUUCAUAAACACAGUAAAAUUUUCAAAAUUUACAAAUACAACUUCUGGAAAUUGCUUUACAGGGAUAGAAAUGGGAGGACUCUCCAUUCGGGAAUUCUUCCCCCUUUCCAGUAAAAAUAGUAAAUACAUUAUCCCCACCACCACUGAACAUAGAUUUGGAAAAUUAUCAUGAAGGGGUAAAAUCUCACUAACCCAGGGUUUCUCCACUUGAUAAGGUAGAUGUCUUCCUUCUCUGGAGUGUACUGUGCUUUAAUAAACUUUGACCUUUUGCU